AUGAAGAAUCCAACAUGCUUGGCAGCAUUCGCUGCAGGCUCCUUUGCUAUAGCCAAGAUAGGCAACUACCAAAGCAUUCCUGAUCAAGCUCAGCUUAUCAACCAGCUUGAUAUCGCCAGGGCGCAUAAUGUGCUGAGUCCAAGCUUAGCCAACUGGUCGACGGUUUUCCUUCCUCCAGGAAGCACCUACAAGUCACUACGCGCAAAGCCUUUUCACGUUUACAACAAAGAUUUCCUAUCCAUCAUUGGUGAAAAUCCGACUUUGACCUUGGUCCAUGAGACGAAUAGCGAUCCCAUCUUUCACAAGGCGGCGACAUGGUACCCAGACCAAGACAAAAUAUUCUUCAGCCAAAACGCAGGUGCGCUUGCAGCUAGGACUAGACUGAACAAAUCUUCAGUUAUACAAAAAAUAUCAAUAGAGGAAGCUGCCACAGCUGCUAAACGUGGCAGCGCGCCUAAUGUGAAUGUAACCAUCAUCGGCAAAUACCCCAAGGUUAUCAACCCAAACAGUAAGUCUCUGAAAUCUGGAUACAGCGUACUGCAGCGUGCAAUUCUAACCCGACAGGGCAUAGGAGAGGACAUUGGCCCUGCGAUCUUAAUCGUGAACCCAGAGGCGCCUUACAAUGCGACAGUCAUCCUUACCAGCUUCUACGGCCGACAAUUCAACUCCAUUAAUAACGUUAUGGUUCACCCCAAAAACAGUGAACUUUACUUUACCGACACCACCUACGCCUAUCUACAAUACUUCCAACCUCCUCCAGCUUUGCCAAAUCAAGUUUAUCGGUUCAACCCAGACACGGGAGCACUGACCGUGGUAGCGGAUAACUUUGUAGGUCAACCAAACAGUAUCACAUUCUCUCCUGACAGUAACAAAGCCUAUGUUGCCAACUCUAGUACUGAUCUUGCUUUAAUAGGAGAUGUCCAGCUAGACAGCACUUUUGAUAAUCGCAAGGUAUUCACUAUAGUGCACCAAGGCAUCCCUGACAGUCUCCACUGCAACCACAACAGCAAUCUCUACGUCAGUAAUGCCGAGGGGGUCAUAGUGUACAACCCUUCAGGCAAGUUGCUAGGUAAAAUCUACACUAGCGUGACUUCAGCCAACUUCAUGUUUGCUUAUGGUGGCCGCCUGGUUAUCUUGUCUAAGACGAAAUUGUGGUACGCCACAAUUGCAGCAGAAGGUGGCGAACCAGUCCACAGCAUUUGUUAG